AUGGAUGAUCUCUACGACGAAUUCGGCAACUUUAUCGGCGAGGAGGUAGAGUCGGAGGAGGCGUCUGAGGCGGGUGUCGAGGCGGCUGACUAUGUCUACGAUGAAGAGCUUGAGGAGACUGGAGGAGUGACGGGAGAGGAGCUCAUGGAAAUUGACGAUGGCCCUUCCAACGCCGUUGUCCUCCACGAAGACAAACAGUACUACCCGACCGCCCAGCAAACAUAUGGAGAAGAUGUCGAGACACGCGUGGAAGAGGAGGAUGCGCAGCCUCUCAGCGAGCCCAUCAUCGCCCCGAUCGAGCAAAAGAAGUUCAACAUUGAGGAGGGGGACCUGCCGCCAGUAUUUUUCGACCGCGAAUUCAUGACAGACCUCAUGAACUUUCCCGAGCAAACCCGAAAUGUUGCACUAGCAGGCCAUUUGCACCAUGGCAAGACAUCCUUCAUUGACAUGCUUGUUCUGGAGACACACGAUAUUGCAAAGAAACUCGAUAAGCGAAGCGGGCGAAAACGCGACGAAAAGCUGCGAUACACAGACAUUCACAUACUGGAGCGCGAACGGGGGGUCUCAAUUAAGUCUUCACCAAUGAGUCUAGUCCUGCAAAGCGGGAAAGGCAAGUCCCAUUUGGUCAACCUCAUCGACACCCCUGGCCACGUCAACUUUGUCGAUGAAGUCGCAGUUGCUGCCCGGUUAGUGGACGGUGUGUGCUUGGUUGUGGAUGUGGUAGAGGGCGUACAGGUCAACACGGAGCAAAUCAUCAAACAUGCCGUUUUGGAAAAUAUUCCCCUGACGUUGAUUAUCAACAAAAUGGACCGGUUGAUUUUGGAGCUCAAGCUGCCACCCAAGGACGCCUAUUUCAAGCUCAAGCACGUCAUUGAGGAAGUCAACACGGUCAUUACCAACACCGCGCCUACCAAAGCUACCGAGAAGCGAAUUAGUCCUGAGAAGGGCAAUGUUCUCUUUUCUUGUACCGACCUGGGCUGGUGCUUCACCCUCCCGUCGUUUGCCAAGAUGUACACCGAUACCUACGGAGACAUAAACACCGAAGAGUUUGCCAGGAGAUUAUGGGGUGACGUCUACUUCAAUCCUAAAAAGCGAUCAUUCACACGAAAACCCGUCGAAGAGCGAGCCACACGAUCAUUUGUUCACUUUGUUCUCGAACCUAUUUACAAACUGUUUACGCACUCCAUCAGCGAUAGCCCUGAAGACUUGAAGCUUGUGCUGGCGUCGCUGGGUAUACAGCUGAAACCAGCGCAAUUUAAGGCUGAUGCCAAGGACAUUCUGAAGGCUGUUUGCCAGCAGUUCUUUGGCCCAUCAACAGGGUUUGUUGACAUGAUUGCUCGACAUGUUCCUUCUCCGAUUGAAGGCGCGGAAAGACUCUUGGAGCGUGCAUAUACCGGACCGCUGGACAGCAAGAUUGCAGGGUCAAUGAAGGCAUGUGACCAAGAUGGCCCGCUAGUAAUUCACAUCACCAAGCUGUUCAACACGUCGGACGCCAAGAGCUUUUACUCGUUUGGCCGAGUGCUGAGUGGCACUGCUCGGCCUGGCAUGUCAGUACGUGUGCUUGGAGAGGGCUAUUCGCUUGACGAUGAAGAAGAUAUGACCAUGGCCACUAUUGGUGAAGUCUUUAUCGGGGAGACGAGGUACAACAUUCCCACAGACGGAGUUCCAGCAGGCAGCUUGGUCCUACUCAGCGGCGUGGACAACUCAAUAGUCAAGUCGGCAACAAUUGUGGCAGCCAAGUUUGAUGACGGGGAAGACGCGUACAUUUUUAAGCCUGUUACCCAUUUUACCGAGUCUGUUCUCAAGGUUGCCGUGGAGCCGAUCAACCCAUCAGAACUGCCAAAGAUGUUGGACGGCCUGCGAAAGGUGCAAAAGUCGUAUCCCCUUCUGGAUACAAAGGUGGAAGAAUCUGGCGAGCAUGUCAUCCUCGGAACGGGUGAGCUGUACAUGGAUUGUGUGCUUCACGAUCUCAGAAGACUGUACGCCGACAUGGACAUUAAAGUGUCUGAUCCUGUGACACGAUUCUGCGAGACGGUGGUGGAGACAUCGGCCACCAAGUGCUAUGCCAUCACACCGAACAAGAAGAACAAAAUUACCAUGGUUGCAGAGCAAUUAGAGAAGGGCAUCUCUACAGAUAUCGAGACUGGUGCAGUCAAGAUUCGGGAUCCCAUUCGAAAGACGGCCAAGUUCUUUGAAGACAAUCACGGCUGGGAUAAACUUGCUGCGCGAAGCAUUUGGGCGUUUGGACCGGAUGACAUGGGGCCAAAUAUUCUCCAAGAUGACACUCUGCCUACAGAGGUUGACAAGAAACUUCUCAACACUGUCAAGGAGUCGAUCCGACAGGGAUUCAGCUGGGCCACCAGAGAAGGACCUCUUUGCGAAGAACCCAUCCGAAAUACCAAGUUCAAGGUCACAGACGUAUUAUUAGCUGGAGAGGCAAUUUUCCGAGGCGGCGGCCAAAUAAUCCCUACAUCACGACGCGCAUGCUACUCAUCCUUCCUCAUGGCAUCGCCGCGGCUCAUGGAACCCGUCUACGCCGUAUCAGUAACCGGGCCAGAAGACUCACACACCGAAGUAUAUAACGUAUUAUCAAGGCGCCGCGGUCACGUCCUAUCUGACGGGCCCGUCGCCGGCACGCCUCUCUACCGUGUCAACGGUCUGAUUCCCGUGAUUGACAGCUUUGGAUUCGAGACAGACCUGCGGAUCAAGACCCAGGGCAGCUCCAUGGUCAGCUUGGUCUUUGACAACUGGAGCAUCGUGCCGGGCGAUCCGCUGGACAGGGAGCAGAUUCUUCGGCCGUUGCAGCCGGCGUCGGCGCAGGCAACGGCUAGGGAUUUUGUGCUUAAGACGAGAAGAAGGAAGGGAUUGAGUGAGGAUGUGAGCGUCAAGACGUUCCUGGAGCCGGAGUUUUAUCAGAGUUUGAUGGAGAGUGGGAUGUUGGAUGCGUAG